CUCCUGAAAAGAUCCAACGAUGGGCUUUCGCGAAUAGCGUUAGGAACGGAAUUCCGAAGCCUGUGAGGCUCGCGCAGUUACACUCGGUAAACGAGUCAUCACGAAUCGAAGUGUGGGGAGGGACACGCAGGAGAAGAGAGGAAGAAGAACGACAAGGUUUGCUUCUAGAGACAAGGAAUUCAAAUCCUCGUAGACUGUUUUUAUUAUUUUAGAAAAGACGUCAUGGUUUUUUUGAUUUUAUAAUUACAGACUUUCAAUUGUUAGGAAAUGUUUAUUAUUUGAGUUAAAGAUCUAGCUAGACUUGCUUACAAAUUUUAUGGCUAGGGUAGAGAUCUCUUACUAACUAAGACUGAUUCCUCUAGACUCAAAAAAAUAUGCUAGCUUUUCCUUUAAAUAAUUCAAACAAUGAAGCAAUUAUAUGGGAGUUUUCAGAAAAACUUUCAUUGAUAGCAUAAUUACUACCUGUAGGUGGUAUUUAAUGUCAACGUCAACACCACACCACACUACUUAUUAAUAAUUGUUUCAAAUUACUUAAAUACUUAAUUGUUUUUGCUAGACAUUUUGAGAACAGUUUGAGUGAGGAAGACUCAUGUUUAAGUUUUAAGGUCUGGAUUUAUCCAAUACUACUUAGCUCUUACAGUUGCAUCGUAAUUUUGUUUGUAUACAUUUUAGUUUUUCUUAUUAUCUGAAGUAGAAAAUAAGUUUAAAAUUGUAAAAAUGUGGGAGAAGGUUCGUAAGUUCGGCCUGGGCUACUGCGACCUGCCGACGAUGAUGUGGAACGUGUCCGUGUUCCUCAGACUGUUCACAGUCAAUAUUGAUAGCAAAUACAAAAAAGGAAUACCGAUAUUUGUUUACGUAGCAGUAACGCUGUCAUCCAUCUGCUAUUACUACAUUUAUCUGUUCAGUAUGCUGUGGUUCGUAUUCGUGAUAUGUCCGCAGACUGGUCAGACGUUGGAAGCUAUGUGGGCACUGUCUCUCGGAGUGCCUUCCGAGAUCGGAACCCUGAGGCUGUUCUAUAUGAAACUACAAAUGCAGUUCUGUUCUAGAGAUCAAAUUCGAAGUCUAACUGAUGACCUCCUGGAGUUCGAUUCGAAAACGCUCCCCGACCACCGUCGCUCAAGAAACGUCCUCAAACAUCUACGCGACGUGAAGAAGAGAGCCAUCGUGCUGUGGCUAGUAAUCGUAGGGACCGGUUUCAUGUUCAUCAUCAAACAUUUCAUCGCUCCCGAGCACUUGACUGAUGAUACUUUUGCUCCUUAUGGGUUUGGGUCGAUGGAGGAAUCACCAAACUAUGAAAUAGUUGCCGCCAUGAUGGCCGUGUGCGUUACAUUCAUAAACGGGUUCUCAGGGAACAUGACCGCCUACAUCAUAAUCAUCACGGGGUACGUUGAAGCCCAGAUGCUGGCUGUCAGCCACGAACUCGAAAACAUUUGGAAAGACGCACAAGAUCACUUCAGAACAACAAGGAACCUUGAAAUAGAAAUAAACAAAGAUGAAGCAAAGAAACAAAGAAUCUUGAAUCAAUAUGUCUCUGACAGACUUAAGGUCAUUAUCGCCCAACACGCUACACUCAAGCAAUUCUACCUUAAAGUAAGAGACGUGCUCAAAGGUUUUCUAGGAAUUGCUUUCUUUGUAUUAAUAGCUGGACUAUUAUUUAAUCUUCUUGGGGGCUUACGUAAUACGUACAUGCAUCUACCUUUUGUUUUUCUGCAAAUAGCUAUGGAUUGCUUUAUCGGGCAGAGAAUGAAGGAUGCCGGUAUCGUGUUCUCCAGGGCGGUGUACGCCUGUGGCUGGGAGAACUUCGACAAGAACAAUAUGAGGAUGGUCCUCAUAAUGUUACAGAACUCGCAGAGGAUCACAGUCCUCUCUGCCGGGAGCUUUGUGAACGUGAACUAUAAAUGUCUGAUGGCUACAAUUAAAGGGUCAUACUCGAGUUAUACUACUUUUGAGUCCAGUGUGAACAAAUGAAACUUCGUUUAAGCUAGAGAGUAAUGCAGGCAGAAGGCAGAGCUUGAACCUUUUAGAUUUAGUGAAUUUUAUACAUAAUAUAUUUACACUACACUUGACACCUGAUGAUUAGCGCUUAGUCAAAAUAGAAACCACGAUGCAUCAUCUUAAUUAUGAAAUUUUCAAUGAUAAAUAUUUUCUUCUUUUAAAAGUAUGUAGUAAUGCUACAAUUUCUAAUAAAGCACAUUUUAUUAUUAUUGUUUAAGUAAGUAAAUAAUAACUCCGGGAGCCUUGAUUAAUUUUGUUCGAACACUACCCUACUUGUAAUUAAAUUAUGAAACGAUUGAUCCCCUACACGUGGCUUAAAUUAUAUCAAAGGUUUUUAUGUUAAUAUUAAUUUGAGGAAAAAUAAUUAUGAUGUGAUGGAACAGUCAGAACAAAUUAAAACGCGAUAAGCAAAUCGUUCCAAAUAACAAAUGUCCCUUCAUCAUCAUCCUAGCUUUUUCCCAACUAUAGUGGGGUCAGCUUCCAGUCUAAUCAGAUUCAGCUUAGUACCAGGGUUUUACAGGGAGCCACUUCCUUUCUAACCACCUCAACCCAUUUAUCUGGGCAUCACGAUACCCUUUGGUAAGACUGGUUGUGAGACUUUCAAGCU